AUGUCGGAACAUAUACAAAUGAAGAUAGUUGCAGAUUUGAAGUUUCCUUCAAUCGUAUUUUCUCCAAUCGCCACUUCAUCGCCAAAAUUGACCAGAAUGCGUGCGCCAAUUCGUGAUCAAUCUUGGACGUCGUCAUCAGAUGAAUCUGUUGGAAAUGUGACCAGUCGUCUCCUCUCAGGAAUCAACGAAUCGCAUAUGGAUACUUCGAAAAUGGGUGAUGUUAGUGCUUCUUCAUCUUGUUCCAUGUACACGGCCCUGGAAUUCGUGGAUCCAACAGCCUUCAAAAAGAAAACAAUGAACGAAGUAAUCACUCGGGAAGAACUUCGAUCUGCGAUUUCUGAUUUUAAAAUGAAAGAAGACAACUAUUCGAAACAAGAAGCCGACUUGUAUGCCACUGUGGUAACUGAAAGGCUAUUGUGGACAGCGUGUCGAACUUGGAGCGGAAUGAUACCCGUCGAAGAAAAGGAUGAUCUCAACAAGUAUAUACGCUAUGCUUGUGAAGACUUUUACAUGAGAUGCACUGGUCAGCUUUGUACAGAUGAACUUCAACACAUCAACUUGAACGGAAAAUAUGACUGGCAAUCUGUGGCUCUUUACUGCUACGAAAAGGGAAUGCCUCCUCAAAUUAUUGAUAGAAUUUUCGCCAAAAAUCUCGUGCGACGGACAACCGGAAAUUACUUGGAUAAUAUGGAGAUGACAUGGUUGAUAUUUGCAAUGAUUGGAACCGAUGAAAUGCAAUCUAUUGAGUAUUGGUUCAGGGUGCUUGAUGUUCAAUCUGUCGGUGUUCUAUCAUUCACUGAUCUCGAAUUUUUCUAUGAACAGAUUACCCAAUAUCUUGCUAAAGAUAAUGUGACAUCCCUACCGUUUCCUCAUGUGAUUGCACAGUUUAUUGAUAUUCUUGGAACCAGUGAAUGGACUUUGAGAUCAUUCAAAAAGAAUAUCAAACUCGUAUUCAGAGUCAUAAAUGGAUUCGUUAACGCUAUCCGUUUUUUGGAGCAGGAAAUCAAUGAGAAAACGAAUGGCGAGCGGGUCGAUGACGAAGAGUUUGGACAGGGGCACCGGACACGUUGGCAACGGUUGAUUGACCACGAGUAUGACGACUUCUAUCACCAAAACAAUUCCUCAUCAUCUCCCGAAUCGUCUUCAAUCACCAAUUGA